AUGUUGCUCUUUUGUUUUGGCUGUGAAACACCAAACCCUCUCUUGACUUAUUUUGUUAUUGCAGCAACGUGGGUGCUUACAGCAUGGGUGCUUACAGCAUGGGUGCUAGCAAAGAAGGAUUUGCAUCCAUCUUCUGAGAGAUUUGUCAUUUUGCCAAAACUGGUCAUGGCAUCCGCUGAUCCGUCGCCCAUUAUUAGGGACCAUUUUUAUUCCCUAGAUGACAUAUUAAAAAGAGGGAGGCCUCCUCCUUUGCUUAAGAGCGCUGGUAAAGACAUAUUCAUUGAUGGAGAGCCAGCGCCAGAAACAGCUCCAGUGGUUGAUCCUGCAUAG